ACUGCGAUGCCUUGCUCGAUACCACAUGGCGUUACUGCACGACAGUUAGUUGUGUGACGAAGGAGCAGAGUUGAGCUGUAGCUUAGAUUCCUACACACACAGUGGAAGAAACACACAGCUAAGAAUAAUGUCGCAGUUACAGGCGAGGUUCUUCACAGAGGACAAGAGGUAUGUUGUAGAUGAUGUUCCAUUCUCCAUCCCAGCUGGCUCUGAAGUGGAGGACCUCAGCAAUGUUAUCAACAAGCUACUGCUGGCUAAAAAUGCAUCCCACAGCAAAGUGGACUUCGACUUCCUGGUCAGGGGUCAGUUCCUGCGGACGUCGCUGUCCUUUCACAUGGAGACAGAGGGCAUAUCAACGGAAGAAGUGGUGGAGAUUGAGUAUGUGGAGCGAGUCACAGCACCAGAGCCAGAGGAAUGUAUGAUGCACGAUGACUGGAUUAGCUCUGUAGAUGCAGAUGCUGAGUGGAUUCUAACAGGGUCGUAUGACAAGACAGCCAGGAUCUGGUCUGUGGAGGGAAAGGCGGUGAUGACAGUGGCCGGACACACAGAUGUAGUCAAAGAUGUAGCCUGGGUUAAAAGAGAUGGUCUGACCUCUCUGCUUCUGACGGCCUCUCUGGACCAAACCAUCCUGAUGUGGGAGUGGAACUCUGAGAGAAACAAGGUGAAAGCCAGACACUGCUGUCGAGGACACACGGGGAGCGUUGACACUGUUGCCACAGAUCCCACCGGCUCAAAGUUCUGCAGUGGCUCCUGGGACAAAAUGUUGAAAAUAUGGUCAGCAGUGCCCACAGAUGAGGCAGAUGAGGUUGAAGAACCUGCUGACAGACCAAGGAAGAAACAGAAGACUCAGCAACUGGGCCUGACCAGGACUCCCCUGAUGACGUUGUCUGGACACAACGAGGCAGUGUCCUCUGUCCUCUGGUGUGACAGUGAGGAAGUUUGCAGUGCAUCCUGGGACCACACCAUCCGUGUGUGGGACGUCGAGACUGGAGGAAUGAAGACUACACUGACGGGCAGUAAAGUGUUUAACUGCAUUUCCUACUCACCUCUGUGUCGACGACUGGCCUCAGGCAGCACUGACAGACACAUCAGACUGUAUGACCCUCGUACCAAAGACGGGUCGCUGGUGCUGCUGUCUCUGACCUCCCACACUGGCUGGGUCACCGCUGUGAAGUGGGCGCCUUCACAUGAGCACCAGCUGGUCUCCGGUUCCCUUGACAACCUUGUCAAACUGUGGGACACCAGAAGCUGUAAGGCUCCUCUGUAUGACCUGGCAGCCCAUGAGGACAAAGUGUUUUGUGUGGACUGGACAGAAAGCGGGCUGAUGUUGAGUGGAGGUGCAGAUAAUAAGCUGUACACCUACAGAUACUCAGCCUGUCAGACAGAUGCGGGGGCGUAGGCCAGGAGUUAGAACGGACUGCAGAGCCAUCACCACAGACAUACAGAAUGGACUUUACCAGUGUGUGAAUUUUGUACUGUACAAACUUUGAUAUCUUUAUUCUUUGCUGUCGUGGUUGUUUUUACCCCUUUCAGUUUUUACACAUUUUCUCAUGGGUUGUCUUUAUUUCCCUGUAUUCCCAAGAAAACUAUAAAUUAAUUUUGCUUCCUAAAA